GAGCAAGCUUCACUGUUUUGCCUGCACUGGCGAGAGGCACGGCACCCUGUUUGAAGUGAAGGGAGAGAAAAGAUAAAAAUGGAAACCUGUGGCUGGUGAAAAAAGGUACACCGUGAAAGGAUAUCCUUGAACCUUGAUACAAUGCCCCCAUUCCAAUGGAUUUCCACAUCAUACAUGGCAUGAGCUAUACUUGAUCUCAUGCUCUGCUCUGCUCUGCUCUGCUCUACGAAAUACUGGUAGGAAAAGUCUAACAAGACAGAUCUCUUUUCUCGCACAUGUUUGAGUCGAACUGCACACAAUACACACGGAGCAGUCACCACGCACAUCUCCUUUCUUCCUCCAAGCAUUUUUGUCUCUCCUUAAACAUCACAUCAGAGCGGAAGGGUACCCAAGCAAAGCAAAUUGAACAAUGAACACAGCAGACACCAUGUCAAACAAUACCCCUCCACCACCGCGUCCCCAACAAUCAACUAUUCGAUCAUUCUUUCAACCAAAACAACCUACAUACACUCCACCGCCAGGAACCACACCAAUCACAACUCCCGACUCCCAUGAGAACAGAAAUGGAAAUGCAAGUCAAGCAGUACCUCCACCUCAACCUGCAUCGGGUCCACCAAGCUCUACCAAUGCCCCUCCACCACCGGGAGCCACCGCAACUGUCGCUACCCCGGAUUCUGUAGAAUCGUCACUUGCAUCAUCACAGAAACUUCCCCAGGGCUACAAAAUCGAAAUACCGCAAGAUCAUCAUAUCCAACCUCUACGUCGUAUUAAUGCUCUCCUCCUUCCAAUUCCAUACCCAGAUGCUUUCUACCACGCUAUUACGUCUCCCCCUUCUCCUUCGAUACCAAUCUCUCUCUCUUUCUCAAGAGUAGUCACAUAUACUCCAGACUCCAACUCCGAACCAAAAGUAGUCGGCUCCAUAAUCUGUCGAAUCGAUCCCUCUCCUCCAUCUUCUCCAUAUGCCGAACCCCCCGCAAAUGUAUAUAGUAUAUAUCUCCAAUCGCUCACUCUCCUGUCUCCCUACCGAACCCUUGGUCUCGCAACCGCACUAUUAAAUUCCGUCAUCGAAUCUGCGACAUCCUCUCGCAUACCACUUGGAGUCAGAAUAGAAGGAUUGUACGCGCACGUUUGGGUCGAUAAUCAAGAAGCAUUAGAAUGGUAUACCAAGCGCGGAUUCGAAAAGGGGGAAUUAGUUGAAGGAUAUUACAGACGUUUACGACCACAAGACGCAUUCGUUUUUCGACGAAGAUUCUCGGUUCAAGAUCAUAUUUCUAGACAACCACAAACAAAUCCUACUCCCAUAAUAAACUCAAUCAUAAAUGCAAAUGCGAAAUCAACACCCCCUCCUCCUCCAAUGAGCACAUCAACAAGACCACCCCUAUCAAAACAUGCAACAUCAUUUCAAGAUCGUAGACCAGAAAGAGAAUGGAAUGAUUUACCCGAAGAAGUAUUCUUGCGUCCUAGAGCACAAGGAGAUGAACAAAGUAAAGAAAGUUCCAGAAGUAGUAGUCGGAGUGGAGCUUCAGGGAGUGGUGGAAAGAAAAAGCGAAGUUACCCUGCUGCUGCAUUUGGAGCUUAGAUGAUUCGAGGGGGAGAUUUUUUUCAUUUCUUGAAAUGCAUGAUAUUCGUGGUUUAUGGGAAGUUGGGAUUUGGGAUUUGGGAUUUGGAAGUUGAAAGAUUAGAGGAGAUGGAAUAAAAGGGUUCGGAGAAGCAUGAAUAAAUAAACUGAGAGCCAAAAAUUUGACAUUGGGAAGUUGCGUAUGGAUUUAUCAAUAGAUGUUAGACAGGUAGGAAGACAAGACUUGCCAUUUCAUUUCAUUCCAUCUAACAACAGCCACAAGAAGAAAACAGAACCGGCAAAGAAUUCGGGGGAAAAUAAGAUAGAUAGAUAGAUAGAUACCUAGAUCAAUACAUUCAAAAUACAGAGCAAUGCAUUCCUUGCCUUAUUUUGGAAAAAAUCACGUAUUGCAUAUGUCA